AGCGGUUUCUUCUUGCUUCCUGCCCCCAAGCUCCACUCGCUUAAAACCCCUUCCGCUCCCUCUAGGCCCCUCAUCUGUCUCUCUACCCGAGCCAGCCUAUAUACCAUCACCCCUACACCGCGGUCGCCAUGUUCCAAUCCUACCUCGCCGCUGUGCUGGCCGUUUCUGCAGCCUCUGUCGUCCGUGCGGACGUCACGCCCACCGACCCGGGUCCUGGUAGCUCGUUCACUGCGGGGAAGGAGUGCACGUUCAACUGGGACCCGGACACCGAUUCUGCGGGCGCGUGGAAGUCCUUCACCGUUGAGCUCAUGAGCGGCGGCAACCAGGCGAUGAACCACAUCACCACCGUCGCCACGGAUCUUGACGGCACCCAGAAGGGCACGCACAGCUGGACCUGCCCGGAGCUCGAGCCCUACUCCGCCAUCUACUUCUACCAGUUCUCCUCCUGCGACUCGGAGAACAAGACGUGGACCACGCGCUUCACGAUCACCUCGCCCUCCGGCGAGACGACCGACCCGGAGCACGCCACGCAAGACGAUGGCUCCGCGAUCCCCUGGGGCACCGGCAAGCUCGUCGACGAGGCCUCCGCCGUCGCCCUCCCGUCCUGCGACGGCAACGCGGGCAACGCCACCACCCCGGCCUCUGGCGCCGCAUCGGGUGCCGCGUCUGCGACCGAGUCUGGCGCGGCGUCGUCCGCGGCCGCCUCGGGCGCUGCGUCCAGCACGGGCGGCGCUGCUGCGUCAUCUGGCGGCGUGUCCCCUGCCGAGGAGCAGGCGGCCACCAACACCGCGCUGAAUGCGGCGACGUCUGGCGCAGCGACCGGCACGGCCGACGCCGCGGCCUCCACGCAGAGCAACGACGCGCUCCCCAUCCAGGCGCGCGCCUGGCAGGCCGCCGGCGCCCUCGGCGCCUCCGCGCUCGCCUUCACCUUCAUGCUCUAAGCGCCGCACACCCACCACCACCGCACGGGGUCUAUGGUACUAUACCUGGUCAACGAAGAGAGGCACAAACAUGCCGGCCAUCGGGGUCUUCUAAUCCACACGUUCAUUCCUUUGGAGUCUUUAGGGAGCAGCUACAAUAUCUAUUCGUCGCCGUACUACAAUCUACGUCCGAGCUACCACACGUCACGGACCUGCGCUUCGAUUUACAUCGCACGAUAGUAUCACGGCUAGUCAGUGUACUCAUAUUGCUGCCAUGUUCUUUGAAUGUCAAUACGGCGAGUCACGUUCCAUCUGCAUGCAUAACAUCGUCUACGAGGCCUCGACAUAUUCUCCUACGG